AUGCCUCAAUUCCUUCAUUCACCCGUCUCGGCAUUCGCCUUUCUGGCGGCCGUGGGAGGAGUCUCUGCUGCCCCGACUUCCAGCUACUCUGCAGGUGUACCUGCUCCGACGGGUGCGACGUUCGCGUCGGGCUUCGAUAUUACGACUAGCUGGGGUAACCUCAGUCCAUACAAGGAUGCGCCCGGAUUCAAUGCGACAAACGGCAUUCCCCGAGGCUGCGAGCUAUCACAGGUCCAUGUCCUGCACCGGCAUGCCCAGCGGUACCCUGUUUCUGCCUUGCUAGAUGGCGGGGGCAUGGAAGCGUUCGCUCAAAAGGUGAAGAACUAUAGCAAACUGCACGGUGACAAAGUCGGCAAAGGGCCGCUGGCUUUCCUCAACGACUGGGAGUAUCUGCUCGGCGAAGAUACCUUGCAGGUCACUGGUGCCGCGACGGAGGCGACCUCCGGAGCCAGUAUCUGGGCGAAAUACGGGAGGCUGCUUUAUCGCGCUGGCCCCGGAGUCGCGGCAUGGGAUCCUUCCCUGAAUGUAUAUCCCAACGGGACUGCAAGACCAAAACCGAUUUUCAGGACGACGUCGCAGGCUAGGAUCUUGGAAAGUGCUCGAUGGUGGCUGAGCGGCUUCUUUGGCAACACUGGCGCAAACAACUCUUACGCCGAGUACGACCUCGUGAUCAUCCCCGAGGGAAACGGUCUCAACAACACCCUGGCCUCAGAUCAUUCCUGUCCAGGCGAUGAAUCAGAGGGCACCAACUCCGCCACGAGAUUCAUCCCCGGAUUCACCAAACUCGCUCUAUCCCGCCUCUCCCCCUUCCUCCCCAAAGACUUCAACCUCACCCCGUUCGACAUCACCUCAAUGAUGAACCUCUGCCCCUACGAAACCGCCGCCGUCGGCUCCUCCUCCUUCUGCUCCCUCUUCACCGAGCAAGAAUGGCGCGACUACGCCUACAACGUGGACCUCCAGUUCUACGGGAACUACGGCUUUGGCGCCCCCAGCGGCCGCGCCCAAGGCAUCGGGUACGUCCUCGAGCUAGCGUCCCGGCUCGCCGGACGCCUCAUCCAAACCAGCGACACAAGCAUCAACUAUACCUACGACAAUAACGCAGCGCAAUUCCCGCUCCACCAGCCCCUGUACAUGGACAUGUCGCACGACGACGUCAUCGUCGCUGUCCUUGCGGCGCUGGGGCUCAAGUACUUCCAGUAUGGGAAGGAGGGUCUGCCGGAUGUAAUUGAGCAUGCGCCGGAGCGGACAUUCAGACUUAAUGAGAUCACACCGUUCGGGGCGCGGUUCAUCUCUGAGGUGUGGACGUGUCCGGCUGAGCGGGAGGUGUCGUUUAAAGAGUUGGAUGCGACGCUGUAUAGGAAUCCAGUGGUGCAGGGUACGGACUAUAUCCGGUUUGUGUUGAAUGGGGCGCCGGUGUCGAUGGAGGGGUUGGUGGGCUGUGAGCGUGCGGAGAAUGGGUUCUGUGCUUUGAGGGAUUUUCUGGGUGGUGUGCCGAAGUUGAAGGAGGAGGCGAUGUAUCAGUUUGCUUGUUUUGGGAACUAUACGACUGGGCAUCAGGUUGGGGACGGACGGCCUGUGUAG